AAAUACAGGCUACAGCUGUCAAAAAUAAAUUCCCAAAGUUCUAGGUGUUUUUCUUGGGAUUUCUUUCAUGAAUUCGAGAACAACACAAGUAAAUCUGCAGGAUUUACGAUGGAAAAGCCCGAGUCGUCUUACUGCCGCCUGUGCGCGGAGCUAACACCCAACGACAAGAUAUUCGACUUGCUUUCCGACUCGAAAAGAAGUCGCGAAGUGGUCGAGAAGUUGACGCGGCUCAAACACAGCUUCAUCAACAUGUUUCGAGACAACGAAAUGCCGAAAACUGUGUGUUUCAUAUGUCUAGACUCGCUGUACAGGGCGAUCGCGUUUGUGGAGAAGGUUGAGUCGUCACAGGACGUUUUAAAGAGUAUUCUUAACAUUAAACGUGAGCCGUCUUGUAGCGAAGAUGACGACGACGACAUAGAUUGUUCCAGCAGUUUCGAGGCCGAUAAUAUCAAAGAGGAGCGAGCGCACAAACUCAAAAUAAGGAUUAAGAAAGAGAAGGAACAGGAAUGCAGAAUAACAUGCAAGCAUGAGGGGAAAACCCGUAGGUACAAGAAAAGGAGACCGCCGUCUUCCAGCGAUGACGAUUCUGAGUCAGACAUGUCGUGGAAAGACUUCUCGUGGAUGUGCGCGUUCUGCUCCACCACGUUCCCGAGUGCAGAGGACCUCCGGAAGCAUGCCAUGGACUGCCAUGACAGCUGCACAGCAUACAAGUGCGCCGACUGCAACAUUCGCAAACUCAAACUUGAACCGUUCCUUGCUCAUGUGAUGAGACACAAGAAGUUCCUGAAGAGAUCCUGCCACAUUUGCAGUAUGAAGUUCACAAGGAAAACUGAUGUGGAGAAGCAUAGGAAAAACCAUACUAAAUUCAAAAACAUCUGUGUUGGAUGUCACAUGUCCUUUAAGUAUGUGAAAGAGUUGGUGGAGCACAAAAGUAAGUAUUACACAGAUAAGAGAGCGACUAGAGUCAUCAGGCCACUUGAUGAGAGUGAUCUGGUUUGCAAAGUGUGUGCCAAGAAGUUCAAGACACGCUCCAUACUGCAGGCUCAUGUCCUGAUCCACACAGAGAGACGUAGGGAUCACACCUGUGAUAUUUGUGGGAAAUGCUUCUACAACAAAGACACAUUGAUGUCCCACUUGAUAGUCCACAAUGAAUCACGGCCACACCAGUGUGAAAUCUGCAAGUUUUCCUUCAAAACCAUUGGUCAGCUACGAAUGCACAUUGGCACCCAUGAUGGCCAACGCCCAUUUGCUUGUGAACAAUGCGGCAAGAGGUUCCGGUUACGUAAAAACCUUUCAUCACACAUGAUAAUCCACUCAGACACGUUGCCAUUCACUUGUGAGUUCUGUAACAAGGGAUUUAGGUUCAAAACCAUUUUGAACCAGCACAUUCGUCAGCACACCGGUGUGAAGCCUUACUCAUGCUCCUUAUGUCAGAGAGCUUUCACAAACUGGUCCAACUACAACAAGCACAUGAAGAGACGGCAUGGUAUGGAGAUGGCAAAGAAGAAGCACACACCGGACGGAGUAUUCCCUAUCAACCCAAUGACAGGAGAAGUCAUUAUUGCUCCUCUGCCAGACAAUACUGAGGAGUGGAAGAAGAGUGUACUGCAGCGUAAACUCCAGAGGAAGACCGAUGCUGCCAACAGUAACUCUCAGAGCCUGAUGGAGACACAGGCGCUGCCCACCCAGUCCCAGCCUGUCACACCAGUCCAGCAGCCUCAGAUGUCUCAGCCACUGCAGCAUCUGUCUCCUUUGCCUCUGCUGAGCCAGCCAACACAAUCUGCACACCCUGCACAUACACAUCCAGCUCAUUCUACGCAUUCUACACAUCCUAUGCAUAACCUCAAUCCUCGGGUAACAAGUUCAAAUGUUUCUAGUUCUCCUAACAUGCUACCUUUGAUGGCAGCUCACAGCCAGAGUGUACCGCCUAUACCUCCGGCGCAUUUCCCCAUUUACUCCCACUCUAGUUCACGUAGCAACUAGGUUUUGAUUCUGCCAGUGUCAUGUACUUUGUUGAUAUCAGUGCAAUAUCUGAAAUGUUGUUUUUAUGAAUGCUUUUUUUUUUUACCUCAAGCAAAAUCGAGGGUUUAUAUGUUAUACUAGUGUGUCUGUUGUAGCUUCAGAACAGAUGGACUGAUUCAUGUUACUAUUACAGUCAGCUUCACAAUAAUUAAAAGGUACCUAUGAACUCAUAUUUAUAACUUUUUUCUUAGAGGUGUCAUUAGUCAUUAUAUUUAUUUAUUCAAUUCUUUAUUGCACAAAAUAUAAACAUAAAUGUACAAUAUAUUGCACAAAUAAAAACAUUUACAUAAGGGUGGACUUAAUGCUAUAAGCAUUGUCUGCCAGUCAACUGACAGCCUUUUCCUGUGCAAGAAAAUUUAUAUUAUCAUUACCAUAGAGGUAUUUUAUGUAUUUGAUAGCAACAUUUGUAUUUAAGUUAUUAGUUAUUGUGAACAGGGUGUUAUGGGCAAUUUAGUUGAAACAAAUUAAUACAUUAGUAAAGGAAUAAUAUUUUUUUAUUUGCAAUGUUAUAUCAGUAGUUUUUAAAUAGAUAUAUUUAAAAGAUAUGAACUUUUAUCAUAACAUCAUAAGAUAGCACAAAGUUGUAAGAUGAUUUAAAACACCAAGGAAACUAACAAACUUUUUCUUACCUGCAAGUUAUUAUUUUCAAAUUGAUAUUUUUCUACAAUUUAUCAUAAUAAUUAUGUUUUUAUUUAUCUUAACAGACAUUUUUAAACCAAUUAUCACAUUACUGUUACAAUAUAAACCUAACUUUAUUUACUUUAAAUAUAAAAUUUGUUCCAUAUUACUAAUUUUAGAAAUUCUAGAAAUUAGAAAAAUAUUAUUAACAUUCAUUAGAUUUUAUUGUAAUUUAUAAAAAGUUAAUCUUACAGUUUCUAAAACAAUUAUCUUUGUGCUUAGCUUAAUUUAAUAUUUUAACAAAGUUUGUGUUAAAUUUUUUUAUUAAACAUGGCAAAAUAAUAAUUAUUUUAGAAACAAAAAUUCUAAAAAAAUAUAUUUAUGUUAAGCUUAUUUAGAAGCCAAUAAAGCAAAACACCUUGGUGACACGGCCUCAUU